AGUUGCUAGAACCUGUCCUCAUCCUAUCGAGUCGAGCGAGAAGCAGAACCGUAGGUAGUCCCGUUUACUGGCUGUUUUCCUCAGAUUUUCCUAUCGUUCUCUCGAAUCUUCGCUUGUAUCCAGUCACUGCCCACUUUCCUUUCUCCUGAAAAUUCAGAGACCAUGUCUACAUAACUCUUUUCAUCCUCAAAAGAAGAGGGAAGGUCUCGCUCAGGACCCAGUUUUAGGUCCAAUCAGAGGAAGAUGUUACACCUGCUCCUGGAGAGAGACUCUUCCUUUACCAUCUGUCCAGGUCUCCUUAGAUCUCCAAUGGACAAACUCCUUGGCGAUUCUGCAAAUCUAAGCAUUUUGUCUGGAGGAACUCCAAAACGUUGCCUUGAUCUUACGAAUUUCAGCAGUGGGGAGAUGUCUGCCACUUACCUUACCACUUCUGCAGACCUUGAUGAAACUGGUAGGGAAAACGGAGGUCACUUGGAUUCUUCAGGGCCUCAGGAAGUACAGUUAGCUAGGAUGAAUCACCACCAGUAUGCUAUGAAAGGCAGCCCAGCACAGCUGCUUUGUAGCACUCCCAAUGCUUUGGACCAUGGCCAUAAAAAGAAAGAUGCAAUGCAUAGUUUAACUGCAAAUAAAGAAAAUGAUAAAAACACUUUUAAGGCCUUGGAGUGGCAGACACCCAGGAACCUGAGGUUUCAAAAAAGAUCAGGAGGUCCUUACAUGUCUUCCCCUUCUGUGCUGGACAAUGGGAAGUUUGCAGAAAGUGAAAUGAAAUAUUUGGGCAGUCCCAUUACUACAGUUCCAACAUUGGAUAAAAUUCCAAAACUUGAAGACCAGGUAGAAGAGAUUUCAAAUGUGUUGAUGGAAUUUUCCCUAGAAGAUCAAGAAGGCACUGAGGGUUUAUGUUUAAAGAAGGAGGUCUCUUUCUGUGACACUAAUAUCACUCGGGUUCUGGAGGAAGAUUAUAACCAGAGGCCUCUGAUUGGUGAUUUUUCCAAGGUAUGUGUGCUGCCAGUCGUGUCAGGGAGACACCAGGAUCUGAAGUACAUCAACCCAGAAACAGUGGCUGCCUUACUGUCUGGAAAGUUCCAAGAUCUGAUUGAGAAGUUUUAUAUCAUUGAUUGCCGCUAUCCAUAUGAGUACCUGGGAGGACACAUCCAGGGAGCCUUAAACUUAUAUAGUCAGAAAGAACUAUAUAACUUCUUCCUGAAGAAACCCAUUGUCCCCUUGGACAUCCAGAAAAGAAUAAUCAUCGUGUUUCACUGUGAAUUCUCCUCAGAGAGGGGCCCCAGAAUGUGCCGCUCUCUGAGAGAAGAAGACAGAGCUCUGAACCAGUAUCCUACCUUGUACUAUCCAGAGCUAUAUAUUCUCAAAGGCGGCUACAGAGACUUCUUUCCAGAAUAUGUGGAGCUGUGUGAACCCCAGAGCUACUGCCCUAUGCAUCACCAGGACCACCAGGCUGAGCUGCUGAGGUGUCAAAGCCAGAGGAAAGCUCAGGAAGGAAAGCGGCAACUGAAGGAACAGAUUGCUCUCCUAUUGAAGGACAUGGACCUGUGAUAGUGGAUGAAGAAGUGGCAGCAAGCCGGGUGCAGGGGCACGUGCCUGUAUUCCCAGUGGCUCAGGAGGCUGAGUCAGGAGGAUAAUGAGUUCAAAGCCAGUCUCAGCAAAAAGCAAGGCACUAAACAACUCAGUGAGAUCCUGUCUCUAAAUAAAAUACAGGAAAAGGCUGAGGAUGUUGGAAAAGAAAGAAAGAAAGAAAGAAAUGGCAGUGAGCCAUUUGUGGUGGCGCACACCUGUAAUCCCAGUAACUUGGGAGGAGGAGGCAAGAGGAUUGUGAGUUCAAAGCCAGCCUCAGCAACUUAGCAAGGACCUAAGCCAUUUAGUGAAACCCUGCCUCAAAAAUUAAAAAGCUGGGGGGCUGGAGAUGUGGCUCAAGCGGUAGCGCACUGCUGGGAGCCAUUAGCCAAGUAGGUAUGACAAUUUCCUUGCCAGAGUACCCCAUGUUGCUGACAUGUUGCAGUGACAUUGAAUGUAGGUGACCUUGCUCAAGGACCAAGGCAGAUUAGGGUGUUCCCGGUUUUAAGAUAAUCGUGUUUAGGGCGUUCCCAGUUUAGGUUCCAGGUUUAAGGUUUAAGAUUAUUCCUGCUGGGAAUAGGGCGUAUCCUGCUGCCUGAGUUCCCCUUGAGUUCUCACGGGAUUCAGACAGUAUAUUUUGGAGAUAGAAGCCCAGUGGAGGUGAAUUUGGGCAGAGAACAUGGAUUUGGGAAGAGAACGUGGAUUUCCCCAGAACGUGAUUGUAGACGGCUGGUGUGAGUUCGGGAAUAAAGAGUUGCUGUUUGAAUCUACAAGCUGUGUGGUGGCUCGUGAUUGUGUGCCCAGCCAGACUGAGGCAUUUGUGCCCAGCCAGACAGUGGCAUUUGGUGGCCCGUACGGGGAACUUCUAAAGAUUAGAGGUAAGUGAAAUUUCUCACCCUUGAGGAAGAGAGAAAGAAUGGGUGACCAAUUCCAAAAACAAUAUGCUAUUGUUUUGAUUUAUUUUGUUUUUAUUUCAAGUUGCCUGUUCCUAGAACUUUCUCAGGCAAACUGGGGAAAAUGGUUGACUCAAGGUUUGAAGUUAAAUUGUUAGAGGAGGGAGGCACCUCAGUGAGACCAAGAACAAUUAGGGCAUAUGUUGAUACAAUACAAAAAUGUAGCCCAUGGCUUUUUAAAGACGAGUUAUUAAGUAUAUCAAUGGGACCAUCAUGGUAUCCUGUAGAAGGAUUUUUCUUCAACAAGAAAGAGAUGGCUAGUUCUGUUUACUACAUUUGUCUAAGAUCUUGGUUUUUACAGACAUCUAAUUAAUUUACAAAGCUAAAGUGUUAAAAUAUCAACCACUAAAUAUAAGAUCAAGUACUCUUUACUUAUUAAGUUCCAUAAGGUAAUAUAUUUAAACAUUAUGUGUGUUUUCAUAAAUUGGUAAAUGGAAAAAUGUUUAAUAUUGCUUUGUGUCUGUGUCUUUGCUAAAACAAGGUUACUAAGUGUUAAGAUUCUAUCAUGUGUAAUUUAUAUACAAAGAGUAGAAAAAUUUUCAGUUGGGUUUCAAUUAUAGUAUUAUAGUAUCAUAAAAAACAUGAAAGUCUUUCAUCUUAUUAAAGUGGAGUAAUUUGUCUAAAUCAGAAAUUUUAUAAGAGUUGUUUCAAAAUGUGAAUUUAUAAAAAGGGUUAACGGUUAAAAAAGAGAUAGAAAAAGAUUCAAGAUGUGGAAAUAUAUUUUAAUAUAAAAGGUUAAAGGAAAAAUAAAUGUUUCUAGAUGAGAUAAUCUCUAUGUGGUAAAGUAAAAGUUGUAAAAUGCCAUUUAAAAAGAUUUUGAGGAAACUAGACUUACUUUAAAAGCUUGAGAAAGGAAGAAAGAAGAAAAAGGUAUUUGUACAUGGCAGAUUGAGACAAAGCUUCUCAAUGGAGUUAAAAAAAAAAAAAAAAGCCUUUGGUUGAAGGGCAGCCAUGUAAACUAACAUUGAA